UUUCCUUUGAGGUUCACUUUGUUAAAAGGGUUUUGCUUUGUUAUCACCUUCAAAACUUUGUGCUCCGUUUCUGUGAAGCUUGUGGUGCUGGUUUACUUUCUCCUUUUCUUUUUGCCCCCUUUAACACUAUAUAUUCCAUCUUUUAACGAAACUUGCUCCUCUUUUUGUCAGAUGUCUUUGGUUCUCUCCUUAUGUUUCAAGCUUCUCUUUGACUAUUCCUUUCCUUUUUAAUCCCUUCGUGCCACUCUCAAAACAAUCUUAUCUUUAUUUUUUCAUUUCAGCAACCACAUUCACCAAAAAAUGGAUCAUCACAAUAUGCUUUGUCCGAUCAAAUAUACCGAACACAAGAGAACAAUCAGAAAAGUUACUAAUAUAAAGCCGCCUAAGAAGGUAGCGGAUGUCCGGAAAUCCUCGGAGUAUAAUCCUACUAUUCCGAGGACUGUACGGAUAUCUGUUACUGAUCCAGAUGCAACUGACUCUUCAAGUGAUGAAGAAGAGCUUUUUGGGCGGAAACGUGUGAAAAGAUACAUUAGUGAAAUCAGUAUUGAGACGCAAUCAAUUAAUGAUGUUAAAACUGUGAGUACUAGUAAUGGCAAGAAGCGAGUAGCUGAAGCUUUGCAAGCGAAGCAGAAGGCGUUGAAAGGGAAGGAAGUGGUGCAGCUACCGGCUGAUGGAACUGUUAGGAAGUUCAGGGGUGUGCGUCAACGGCCGUGGGGAAAAUGGGCUGCUGAAAUCAGAGACCCAGCGCGUCGCGUUAGGCUCUGGUUAGGUACUUAUGAUACUGCUGAAGAAGCUGCUAUGGUUUAUGACAAUGCAGCUAUUAAGCUCCGUGGACCAGAUGCUUUAACAAAUUUCAUUACUCCUCCAAUGAAGGAGAAUCCGGAAGUCAAUGUGGCUUCGAAUUCGGGCUAUGAAUCUGGUGAUGAAUCACACAAUCUUUCUUCUCCCACCUCUGUUUUGCGGUUCAGAACUAGUCAAUCCAGUGAAGAAGCAGAGGUGUCCGAACCAAUUCUCGAAGAAACAAAAGUGGAAAUGGAUGUUUCAGAAGAAAAUUGCACAAUAUUGGUGGAACAACCAAACAGUGAGCAAAACGUCGAACACCUUGAGUGCCAGGGCGAGACACUUACAAUCAUACCAGACUAUUCAAAUGAGUACUUACCCACAGACGUUUCCUUCUUAGACGAAUUUUUCAACUUUGCAGAUGCAGAACAAACACUAUUUAACGACACAACAAGUUUCGCCAAUGAUGAUUUGUCGACGCCAUCCAAAUACGUACCGUCUUGGGAUUUCACCAAUGACUUUGUAUUAGACCCUGAGAUUUGCAAAUUUGAUGAUUCAUUUCUAGACUUGGGUGCAUUAGAAGUGGAUAAUUAUUUCAAAGACAUUGGAGAUUUUUCCAGUGUUGAUGUUCUAAUGGCAUUAUAA